AUGUCUCGUGUUCGUGUAGAGUUGGGGCAAGUCCUCUUCGCGUUCUCGUAUGGAGGAUCGUGUUCGCGUAGUGUUGAGGUUGGCAGCUGGGAAUUUGAGCGUUCUUCUAUGCGAUCGCGUAAGUGCAUGAGGCUUGAGGAUCCAAAAACAUGUAAAAGAAGUCAAAAAGCCACAAAGGGCAGAAAUGACAUAAACAUUGCAGAGUAUGACGAAGAAGAAAAUCCUUUUGCGAAUAUAGAUGAGUACAUCGAGGACACCAAUGCCAUUGUCCCUCCGCGAGUUGACGCCGCUACCUUCAAGAACAACGUGUCAGAUGAUGCCCUAAGACUGAGGGUAUUCAAGUACUCACUAGUUGGAGAGGCAAGGAAAUGGAUCCAAAAUCUACCACCUCACUCCAUUCACUCUUGGCCUGAACUAGUUUGUGCUUUCUUUGCCAAAUGGUUCCCACAAAGCAAGAAAUCCGAGCUCAGGGAUAAAAUUUUCUUUUUCAAGCAACUACCGGGAGAACACCUACAUGAGGCAUGGGAUCGGUUCAAGCUAUACCUAGCGAGGUCGCCUAAUCAUGGUUUUCCGGACAAAAUCUUGUUAGAAAAGUUUUACAUGGGUUUGGAUCCGUUGAACCAAUCCAUAGCAAAGAAUGUUGUGGAUGGAUCUUUUAUGGAUAAAACAUUCAUAAGGAUCACACAAAUUCUCGACAAGAUGGCAGAACACAAUCAAGCUAGGCACUCGGAAGAUACCAUGGGUGGAAUUGAAUACGGUACUCCCUCUUUGACCAACAUGAUUAAGGAGAAUCAAGAGAGAGAUCAAAUGUGCAACCCUGGUCAACCGAAGAUUGCGAGGAGGCGAACUAUGUCCAUAAUUCUCAAGGUGGUUAUCGCCAACAAAAUCAAUGGAGGCCUAACCCGCAAGGGUAAGGCCAUCAACAGUGGCGCAAUGAUCAAGGUGGAUCAAGUCAAGGUUGAAGCACAAGUUGAAGUGCCGAUUGUUGUUGAAGUUGAAAAGCUCCCAAAAGGAGUAAAAGUCCAAGAAGAAAAUCAUGAAAAGGUAAAGAGGAAAGAGGCACCAAAAGCUCUAGCACCAAUUCCUAGACCUUCCCCUCCAUUCCCUCAAAGACUUGCUAGGAGGGUUGAUGAUAGCAAAUUCGAGAAAUUUUAUGACAUUCUCAAGCUAUUGUCGGUGAACAUACCAUUUGUGGAAGCCUUUCAAGAGAUGCCGGGUUUUGAUAAAUACUUAAAGGACUUGAUAACCAAGAAAAGAACCACCAAGAAUGAAUUAGUGAAUGUUACUCACCGGGUUAGCUCCAUUAUUGCAACAACCACCGUUGAAAAGAAAGAAGACCCGGGAGCAUUUACCAUUCCAUGUACUAUUGGCUUGCGAGAUUUUGCAAGGGCUCUUUGUGACAACGGGGCUAGCAUUAACUUGAUGCCUCUUACCAUUUACAAGCAAGCGGGGUUAAGCAUGCCGAGACCUACAAGCAUGAGAUUGCAAAUGGACGAUCGUUCAAUCAAAAGACCAGUGGGAAUUAUUGAUGAUGUCUUAGUGAAAGUGGGAAAGUUCCUCCUUCCGGCCAAUUUUGUGAUCCUUGACUGUGCCGUUGACAAAGAAAUCCCUAUCAUCUUGGGGAGGCCAUUCCUUGCUACCGGAAGAGCACUUAUGGAUUCAGAAUGA